AUGUCAAAUUUAUUUUUAUUUCUAUCAAUUUCAACAUCAUCAUUGAAUUUAUUUGAUUGUUACUAUAAAAAUGAUAAUCACCCGUCACCUCUAACAUGUUCAAACAACGUUAUACCACAUCUAGUGUCUGUCAAACGUCGUAGAAGUGUACUUGGUGUAUUUUUUUGGAAUGGGGGGGACUAUUCUGAUGAAUUCAUCACCAAUUAA